AUGGGUAAUCUGGUCAGGGACGACGACACCUUCGCACGGGAAGGGAUUAACGAGUUGGUGAAAAGGUGCGCGGUAUGCCAAGCUGUCGACAUCAGGCGACAGUUGGUCUACAAGGGAAAUCGAUACUGGGGUUUCUCCUCAAAUGAUCUUUUGUACAUCGAUCAAUGGAACAAUUUCACUCGCUUCGGAAGGGAACGAAUCAGGCAGGUCUUCGAGGACUUGGCCAAGAAGUUUGCACUUUCGUGA